UCUGAUUGGGAAAGUACUGAUCUGUGUCAAGAAAACCUAUUUGACCCUACCAGACCAGAUUCUCCCCAGUCAGUGUUUUCAGACUAUGCACUUGACGUGCUAUUUAGUAGCAGGGACAUUGUCCCCAGAAUCCAUCUCUUCUGAUUUUGACUUUUCUUUUCUGCAGGACUGGUUAGCAGACUUUAGAGCAUCCUCCCCAGAUUAUCUGGAGUCAGUUGGGCAACAUUCCUUCUCUUGUGCAAUAACCUUUGGCAUAAUGGAAAGUCAACAUUGUGACUACUACUUGCACUACUCUCAAAAUAGACCAGUAUCACCUUUUUCAACACUGUCAGAUAUUGAGUAUUUCGGAUUCUGUCUCGAGGAAUUAUUUGAUGAAAAUAGACCAGAUUCGCCAGAUUCAUCUAUCUUACCAGUUGGUGCUGAAAAAUCAAGCAUAACUAUAUCUGGGUCCCCACCAUUGUCCACAACAAGAGCUCUUACAUAUGCAGAUGUUGUGCGAGGCCUAACGCAUGAAAGUAUAGCAGAAGCUUUGUUGGUCUGCAAACCAUUUGAAUUUGUUCCUAUUGGGCCUCAGUUAGAGUCAUCAGACAACAAGUGGACUCACUCCUCAAUAGAGGACUGGGUCACUAAAGUGGAAUCACAGUCUCCCAAGGCAGUGGCGUCUCAUAGUGGACAAAGACCACUUUCUUCUGACUCACCAGUUCCACAGUUCAGAUUUCCCCAUAUCUGUUACGAUUCGGAAUUGUCAAGGAACAGGUCAUUCACACCACAAUCAACAUUUUCAGACUGGGAAGGUACUGAUCUGUGUCUAGAAACCAUAUUCGACACUGCCAGACCAGAUUCUCCCCAGUCAGUGUUUUCAGACUAUGAACUUGAUGUGUUAUUUAGUAGCAGGGCAUUGUCCCCGGACCCCAUGUCAUCUGAUUUUGACUUUUCACACCUGCAGGACUGGUUAGCAGACUUUAAAGUAUCCUCCACAGAGUCAGUGGCAUCUCAAAGUGAACAUAGGCCAGUCUCUCCAGACUCACCUGUUCCUCAGUACAGUUGUCAGUAUCUGGGUGAACAUGUGGAAUUGUCAAGGCAAAGGUCAUUUACACCACAAUCAUUAUUUUCGGAUUGGGAAAGUACUGAUCUGUGUCUAGAAAACCUAUUUGACCCUACCAGACCAGAUUCUCCCCAGUCAGUCAUUUCAGACUAUGCACUUGACGUGUUAUUUAGUAGCAGGGCAUUGUCCCCAGAAUCCAUCUCUUCUGAUUUUGACUUUUCUUUUCUGCAGGACUGGUUAGCAGACUUUAGAGCAUCCUCCCCAGAUUAUCUGGAGUCAGUUGGGCAACAUUCCUUCUCUUGUGCAAUAACCUUUGGCAUAAUGGAAAGUCAACAUUGUGACUACUACUUGCACUACUCUCAAAAUAGACCAGUAUCACCUUUUUCAACACUGUCAGAUAUUGAGUAUUUCGGAUUCUGUCUCGAGGAAUUAUUUGAUGAAAAUAGACCAGAUUCGCCAGAUUCAUCUAUCUUACCAGUUGGUGCUGAAAAAUCAAGCAUAACUAUAUCUGGGUCCCCACCAUUGUCCACAACAAGAGCUCUUACAUAUGCAGAUGUUGUGCGAGGCCUAACGCAUGAAAGUAUAGCAGAAGCUUUGUUGGUCUGCAAACCAUUUGAAUUUGUUCCUAUUGGGCCUCAGUUAGAGUCAUCAGACAACAAGUGGACUCACUCCUCAAUAGAGGACUGGGUCACUAAAGUGGAAUCACAGUCUCCCAAGGCAGUGGCGUCUCAUAGUGGACAAAGACCACUUUCUUCUGACUCACCAGUUCCACAGUUCAGAUUUCCCCAUAUCUGUUACGAUUCGGAAUUGUCAAGGAACAGGUCAUUCACACCACAAUCAACAUUUUCAGACUGGGAAGGUACUGAUCUGUGUCUAGAAACCAUAUUCGACACUGCCAGACCAGAUUCUCCCCAGUCAGUGUUUUCAGACUAUGAACUUGAUGUGUUAUUUAGUAGCAGGGCAUUGUCCCCGGACCCCAUGUCAUCUGAUUUUGACUUUUCACACCUGCAGGACUGGUUAGCAGACUUUAAAGCAUCCUCCCCAGAGUCAGUGGCAUCUCAAAGUGAACAUAGGCCAGUCUCUCCAGACUCACCUGUUCCUCAGUACAGUUGUCAGUAUCUGGGUGAACAUGUGGAAUUGUCAAGGAACAGGUCAUUCACACCACAAUCAACAUUUUCAGACUGGGAAGGUACUGAUCUGUGUCUAGAAACCAUAUUCGACACUGCCAGACCAGAUUCUCCCCAGUCAGUGUUUUCAGACUAUGAACUUGAUGUGUUAUUUAGUAGCAGGGCAUUGUCCCCGGACUCCAUGUCAUCUGAUUUUGACUUUGCACACCUGCAGGACUGGUUAGCAGACUUUAAAGUAUCCUCCACAGAGUCAGUGGCAUCUCAAAGUGAACAUAGGCCAGUCUCUCCAGACUCACCUGUUCCUCAGUACAGUUGUCAGUAUCUGGGUGAACAUGUGGAAUUGUCAAGGCAAAGGUCAUUUACACCACAAUCAUUAUUUUCGGAUUGGGAAAGUACUGAUCUGUGUCUAGAAAACCUAUUUGACCCUACCAGACCAGAUUCUCCCCAGUCAGUCAUUUCAGACUAUGCACUUGACGUGUUAUUUAGUAGCAGGGCAUUGUCCCCAGAAUCCAUCUCUUCUGAUUUUGACUUUUCUUUUCUGCAGGACUGGUUAGCAGACUUUAGAGCAUCCUCCCCAGAUUAUCUGGAGUCAGUUGGGCAACAUUCCUUCUCUUGUGCAAUAACCUUUGGCAUAAUGGAAAGUCAACAUUGUGACUACUACUUGCACUACUCUCAAAAUAGACCAGUAUCACCUUUUUCAACACUGUCAGAUAUUGAGUAUUUCGGAUUCUGUCUCGAGGAAUUAUUUGAUGAAAAUAGACCAGAUUCGCCAGAUUCAUCUAUCUUACCAGUUGGUGCUGAAAAAUCAAGCAUAACUAUAUCUGGGUCCCCACCAUUGUCCACAACAAGAGCUCUUACAUAUGCAGAUGUUGUGCGAGGCCUAACGCAUGAAAGUAUAGCAGAAGCUUUGUUGGUCUGCAAACCAUUUGAAUUUGUUCCUAUUGGGCCUCAGUUAGAGUCAUCAGACAACAAGUGGACUCACUCCUCAAUAGAGGACUGGGUCACUAAAGUGGAAUCACAGUCUCCAAAGGCAGUGGCGUCUCAUAGUGGACAAAGACCACUUUCUUCUGACUCACCAGUUCCACAGUUCAGAUUUCCCCAUAUCUGUUACGAUUCGGAAUUGUCAAGGAACAGGUCAUUCACACCACAAUCAACAUUUUCAGACUGGGAAGGUACUGAUCUGUGUCUAGAAACCAUAUUCGACACUGCCAGACCAGAUUCUCCCCAGUCAGUGUUUUCAGACUAUGAACUUGAUGUGUUAUUUAGUAGCAGGGCAUUGUCCCCGGACCCCAUGUCAUCUGAUUUUGACUUUUCACACCUGCAGGACUGGUUAGCAGACUUUAAAGCAUCCUCCCCAGAGUCAGUGGCAUCUCAAAGUGAACAUAGGCCAGUCUCUCCAGACUCACCUGUUCCUCAGUACAGUUGUCAGUAUCUGGGUGAACAUGUGGAAUUGUCAAGGAACAGGUCAUUCACACCACAAUCAACAUUUUCAGACUGGGAAGGUACUGAUCUGUGUCUAGAAACCAUAUUCGACACUGCCAGACCAGAUUCUCCCCAGUCAGUGUUUUCAGACUAUGAACUUGAUGUGUUAUUUAGUAGCAGGGCAUUGUCCCCGGACUCCAUGUCAUCUGAUUUUGACUUUUCACACCUGCAGGACUGGUUAGCAGACUUUAAAGUAUCCUCCACAGAGUCAGUGGCAUCUCAAAGUGAACAUAGGCCAGUCUCUCCAGACUCACCUGUUCCUCAGUACAGUUGUCAGUAUCUGGGUGAACAUGUGGAAUUGUCAAGGCAAAGGUCAUUUACACCACAAUCAUUAUUUUCAGAUUGGGAAAGUACUGAUCUGUGUCUAGAAAACCUAUUUGACCCUACCAGACCAGAUUCUCCCCAGUCAGUCAUUUCAGACUAUGCACUUGACGUGUUAUUUAGUAGCAGGGCAUUGUCCCCAGAAUCCAUCUCUUCUGAUUUUGACUUUUCUUUUCUGCAGGACUGGUUAGCAGACUUUAGAGCAUCCUCCCCAGAUUAUCUGGAGUCAGUUGGGCAACAUUCCUUCUCUUGUGCAAUAACCUUUGGCAUAAUGGAAAGUCAACAUUGUGACUACUACUUGCACUACUCUCAAAAUAGACCAGUAUCACCUUUUUCAACACUGUCAGAUAUUGAGUAUUUCGGAUUCUGUCUCGAGGAAUUAUUUGAUGAAAAUAGACCAGAUUCGCCAGAUUCAUCUAUCUUACCAGUUGGUGCUGAAAAAUCAAGCAUAACUAUAUCUGGGUCCCCACCAUUGUCCACAACAAGAGCUCUUACAUAUGCAGAUGUUGUGCGAGGCCGAGCGCAUGAAAGUAUAGCAGAAGCUUUGUUGGUCUGCAAACCAUUUGAAUUUGUUCCUAUUGGGCCUCAGUUAGAGUCAUCAGACAACAAGUGGACUCACUCCUCAAUAGAGGACUGGGUCACUAAAGUGGAAUCACAGUCUCCCAAGGCAGUGGCGUCUCAUAGUGGACAAAGACCACUUUCUUCUGACUCACCAGUUCCACAGUUCAGAUUUCCCCAUAUCUGUUACGAUUCGGAAUUGUCAAGGAACAGGUCAUUCACACCACAAUCAACAUUUUCAGACUGGGAAGGUACUGAUCUGUGUCUAGAAACCAUAUUCGACACUGCCAGACCAGAUUCUCCCCAGUCAGUGUUUUCAGACUAUGAACUUGAUGUGUUAUUUAGUAGCAGGGCAUUGUCCCCGGACUCCAUGUCAUCUGAUUUUGACUUUGCACACCUGCAGGACUGGUUAGCAGACUUUAAAGUAUCCUCCACAGAGUCAGUGGCAUCUCAAAGUGAACAUAGGCCAGUCUCUCCAGACUCACCUGUUCCUCAGUACAGUUGUCAGUAUCUGGGUGAACAUGUGGAAUUGUCAAGGCAAAGGUCAUUUACACCACAAUCAUUAUUUUCAGAUUGGGAAAGUACUGAUCUGUGUCUAGAAAACCUAUUUGACCCUACCAGACCAGAUUCUCCCCAGUCAGUCAUUUCAGACUAUGCACUUGACGUGUUAUUUAGUAGCAGGGCAUUGUCCCCAGAAUCCAUCUCUUCUGAUUUUGACUUUUCUUUUCUGCAGGACUGGUUAGCAGACUUUAGAGCAUCCUCCCCAGAUUAUCUGGAGUCAGUUGGGCAACAUUCCUUCUCUUGUGCAAUAACCUUUGGCAUAAUGGAAAGUCAACAUUGUGACUACUACUUGCACUACUCUCAAAAUAGACCAGUAUCACCUUUUUCAACACUGUCAGAUAUUGAGUAUUUCGGAUUCUGUCUCGAGGAAUUAUUUGAUGAAAAUAGACCAGAUUCGCCAGAUUCAUCUAUCUUACCAGUUGGUGCUGAAAAAUCAAGCAUAACUAUAUCUGGGUCCCCACCAUUGUCCACAACAAGAGCUCUUACAUAUGCAGAUGUUGUGCGAGGCCUAACGCAUGAAAGUAUAGCAGAAGCUUUGUUGGUCUGCAAACCAUUUGAAUUUGUUCCUAUUGGGCCUCAGUUAGAGUCAUCAGACAACAAGUGGACUCACUCCUCAAUAGAGGACUGGGUCACUAAAGUGGAAUCACAGUCUCCCAAGGCAGUGGCGUCUCAUAGUGGACAAAGACCACUUUCUUCUGACUCACCAGUUCCACAGUUCAGAUUUCCCCAUAUCUGUUACGAUUCGGAAUUGUCAAGGAACAGGUCAUUCACACCACAAUCAACAUUUUCAGACUGGGAAGGUACUGAUCUGUGUCUAGAAACCAUAUUCGACACUGCCAGACCAGAUUCUCCCCAGUCAGUGUUUUCAGACUAUGAACUUGAUGUGUUAUUUAGUAGCAGGGCAUUGUCCCCGGACCCCAUGUCAUCUGAUUUUGACUUUUCACACCUGCAGGACUGGUUAGCAGACUUUAAAGCAUCCUCCCCAGAGUCAGUGGCAUCUCAAAGUGAACAUAGGCCAGUCUCUCCAGACUCACCUGUUCCUCAGUACAGUUGUCAGUAUCUGGGUGAACAUGUGGAAUUGUCAAGGCAAAGGUCAUUUACACCACAAUCAUUAUUUUCGGAUUGGGAAAGUACUGAUCUGUGUCUAGAAACCAUAUUCAACACUACCAGACCAGAUUCUCCCCAGUCAGUGUUUUCAGACUAUGCACUUGAUGUGUUAUUUAGUAGCAGGGCAUUGUCCCCGGACUCCAUGUCAUCGGAUUUUGACUUUUCCACACCUGCAGGACUGGUUAGCAAACUUCAGAGCAUCCUCCCCACAUUAUCUGGAGUCAGUUGAACAACAUUCUUUGCCUUGUGCAAUGACAUUUGGCCAAAUGAAAAGUCAACAUUGUGACUACUACUUGCACUACUCUCAAAAUAGACCAGUAUCACCUGUUUCAAUGCUGUCAGAUGUAAUGUGUUGCAGUUUACUGUUUGAAGCUAAACAAACUGCUGAAAGCUCUGCUUCAGUGCAAGUCACAGAUAAAAAUGACACUCUGCCAACCUUUCUCUAAUGAAUCCAUGGCAUCAGAAUCCACAAUAUAUACUAAAGAAUACAAAGCAAGGCAAGGCAAGUUUAUUUAUAUUGCACUUUUCAACACAAGGCAAUUCAAAGUGCUUUACAAAAAAUGAAAGAGAAUAAGAAAAUGGCAUUUAAAAUCAGUCAUUAAAAA